AUGCAGUCAAGCUCCAAUACACACUCCUUAUCGAAUAGCAGCGGGUCGACGAAUGAGCCGGCGGUCAAGGAACAACCUCGGUUCAGCACACGAAACAGCACUGACGAGCAGGACCACAAGUCACGCAAGGAGGAGCACUACCAGCGUCUGUUGAACCAGCUCAAUGCUCAAAUGCAGAUCAAGAUCAGUAUGGAUCUGCAGAAGCAGAGGCAGAAGGAGUUGGCGGAGCAGCGCGAAAGCCCGUCAAAACGAAGGGAGGACUCGAGCAAAGAGGUUGAAUUCCGAAAACCAGGUCCACCUUCGAAGCCUCUCGCAGCGCGUAGGAUGAGUUUGGAAGCGACCAGCAGCUCGACUCGGAGUCAUGCUAAAUUGAAAGGUAGCGGAAGUGGCACCAGCUUUGAAAGGAAUUCGACGCAGCGAACAGAGAAGGUACAGGUCCCCAGACCCGGCACGGCUGCUCCGAGCGCCAACCUUGCAACGUUCAGAUCAAACGAAGAAGCUUCAGCUGCAAACAACUUUACGGCAGCAGGAGGCGAACAGUAUUUUUCCGCAUCCAAUGAUAUGUUGCCCGCGUCUUCCGUCAAUCCAUGGCAGAUGGCGAGUAACGCCGUCUUCUGGAAUACAACCCAAAGCGAUGCCACGUCUCUGAACGCCAGGUGGAUGUCAAACUCUCCGGACGGUGCUACUCUUUGGCAUCCAUCCUGGGUACUACAGUACUCUCCUGCACCAGCGACAUUUCUGCCGAGCUGGCAGCCGGAUCAUUCUGACUUCAACGAGCCUUCCUGGCAAAGCAGCCUCUCGAGCGCAACCCACGCCGGCUCGGCACCGCAGGCGCCCGCAGACCCAAACCAGAUCCUUUCAGGAGAGCCCAACUCGAUGAUCACAUGGGAGCUCAUGCUCAAGCAUCCCAACUGGCGCCGUGAUCUGGACGCGCAUGCACCCACUUCCAGUAGCAAUGGUGUGGCGACCAGCGGCGGCAGCUUCACCACGCCUCAGUAUGUUGACACGUCGUCUUUCGCCAUCUCAAACGCCGUUACAAGCGCAUCAAGGACAGUUGCGGCCGUGACAGUGGACAUGGCUCAACCAUCUGACACAGUAGCGGAAAAUCCAAGCAUUGGAAGACCCUUCUCACCCGGGGCAGAGGUGGUGUUCUGGGCGGUCAAGGGCGAGUGUUCGGUCAAGCUUGUUGGUACAGUUGACAGCGAUGGAUUGAACUCGACACAGAUGACGGAUCGAGCCGCAACGAUUGUCGUGCCGUCUGGACGCUCGAGUAUCAGCGGCCCAGCCUUGGCCGACUUGGAAGCCUCGGCCUCUAAGCGCCGGGGUAGCGGCAAUAGUCUUGUUGACGAAGAUUUCCAGGAGUGUUAUGAGGAUGUCCCCUUUGUCAACAUCCUAGCCAAAGGUCAGGCUUCGCUGCUUCACUUGGAUUGA